AUGUCGCAAGCAAAUCCCACCUCUUACCAAUCCACCCGGACUCCUUCCCCUCAACCCCCAUCCAACCAGAACCAGAAUCAAGACUACGUUCCCAACGGUAGACCUACCUCGCAGAUCCUUUCCAGUUCGAAAGUGAACCAAUCACUCGGAUUACCUCAACAACAGCCUAACACGGUAGGCACCACUUCCACGGCGAGGUUCUCGACGGGAGGUAUUGGAAUGGGGAUGUUUGGGACUAGUCAGCCGGGAGUCACUUCGGGUCAGAGUCUGAGGAGUGAUGGAGGCAACAACACCAACAAUAAUUCGAACGGGAGCGGAGCGGCAUCGUACUCGAACGAACGGUCUUCGAACACGAACUCGAACGUCAACACGGCUAACCGGCAUGUCAGCCUCGCUGCCGGUAUGGGAGGUGGUUCAGGGAACGGUCAACAACUGCACCAACCCCAGCCUCAACAGCAACAGGGUAACGGCAACGUAGGCGACCGACUAGCCACCGCCCGAGCCGUCUCCCCUCGACUACCCGGUUCAGCCGGACCGGGAUCCAACCAGUUCCCCGUCUACUCAGGAGCGGCGAACGGGUUGUUACAAGGUUCCUCGACUAAUCAGGGGUUGGGAGGAUUGGGACUAGGUGCGGCUCCCGGUGCUCGGCCUGGGGCGGGGGUCAGGCCUGCUUCGGAAUACCUUGGCGGUGGGAACAAGGGUCAGAGGGGCAAGGAAGCCAGCCCGGAGAACGAGGCGAUCGAGACUUGGUUUACCGACUUGCAGGCUUACGAGGCUCAAUUGGACGCUUUGGCGUCUGCCAGUAUGGAUCAGAACUUUACGGACGAAUUACAGGCCAUCGAGAGUUGGUUCCGAGUCUUGUCCGAGAACGAACGUACGGCGGCUCUCUACUCAUUGCUGCAGCAAUCCACGACGGCACAGGUCAGGUUCUUCCAAAAGGUCCUUUCCCAGAUGUCGCAGUCGGAUCCCGUCAGCGCGCUCUUGUCUCCCGCUAUGGGCAGUAGCAUGCAGAGCCAACAGGACGGAUCUCGAUUAGGCGCUACCCCCAACCUCGGCGGUAUGCGUUCGCCCGGUCUGGGCAGUGGAGGUUUCCCAAGCUCGCCCUCGGUGAACCAGUUCCUCGCUCCCGAUGCGGCCGUCUCGCAGGAAACGUUUGGAUCGCCCUCGGCUCAAUUGGCCGCCCAGAGGAACAGGAUGAAACAGAACAGGAUCUCGGCGCCGGGAACGCUGCAAGUGUCCGAGGCUGGGAGGUUCUUGGGUGGACAGUUGAACGAUGUUAUCGAGAGGGGCAGUAGUCCGGGAAUGGACAGCAAUGCGAGCAGAAGCCCAGCCAUGGGAGCAGGCAUGUUGGGUGCUGGGAACGAUUCGAGGCCGAAGAGUACCGACUUUGCCGGACUAGCCAACGUACCUCCGGGUUCGAGGAGUCCUCGACCGAACAACAGUAACACUGGGAACAACGGGAUCGUCGGACUCGGACUGCCGAACACUGGUUUGAGAUCGCCCAAGUUUGACGACCAGUUCAGUCCUAUGUUGCAGGGUAGCUGGGCGAGCAUGAUGAACACGCCCAUGAUGCCCAUGUUUGCCGAUAACAAUGCCGCCAACAUGAGCCAGGCCGACCUCGCGGCUGCGCUCGGAAACCUUGGGAUCAACGGACUCGGCCAACAAGCCGGGAACAUCGUCCUCGACGAUGCUGCCAAGUUCAAGAGACGCCCUCAGAACGCCGUCGUGUAUAACGAUGAUGGCGAGCCCAUUCCUCAGCAGCAACAUCAGACUCGCCUCGAAUCACCUCGACCUGGUGCGGGCUUCCAGUCGGGCGGUGCUUGGAGAUCGCCGAUGGCCCAGCAAGGCGAAUUCGGUGGCAAUUCUGGUCUGCAGGGACUCGCUGGGCUUGGCCUCGCCGGUGGUAUGGGAGGGAUCGGGCUGGACGCCGGAAACUUGGCCGGUCUCGGAAUGGGCAUGGGUAUGGGUAUCGGGAUGGGUAUGGCCAACAUCUCUCCCAACCCCAUGCUCAAUUCGACCGGGUUCGCCGGGUCUCAAGGUAUGUGGAACUCGGGUAGCCGAUCGAGAAGUCAGACCGAGCGACCGAGGAAGAGUCCAAUGUUACGUCAAGGGGAAAAGCCGGGCGCUGGAGGUGGGGCGGGAGCUGGAGCGGGUGUCGCUGGAGAGAAUGACGUCGAUGAGAGGGUUCUCAAGGACGUUGCUUAUUGGUUGAGGGUGUUGAGGUUGCAUAAAUACACUCCCAACUUCCAAGGUGAAAAGUGGCAGGAUAUCGUGUCGAUGAACGAUGCCAAGCUUCAGGACAUGGGCGUUGCCGCUCUUGGUGCUCGACGCAAGUUGCUCAAGGUAUUUGCAAACGUGAGAACUCACUACAAGAUCCCCCAUCCGGAGGGAUACCUGGAGGAGCUCGGGACGGAUGACAAGGACAGCAAGGACAAGGACGGCGAUGAUGCCGAGCCUGGAGCCGACAAGGAGUGA